UAUGCUGCGUCGUUGAACGGUUUGAUAACCAGACCAUUUUCAAAUGCAGGAUUAUUUUGCAGCGCAUCCUGAAUAGCGUAACAUAGGUUUCAGUGACUGCAAACGUAACAUGGGCUGGGGAUGCUUUUUUGGCAGUGGAGUGCAGCUGUUUUUUUAAGCUUUAAUUGGGCUUGGUUCCGGUGAGCGAAGAUUGGACUGAAUUCGUUCACUCGUAUUACAUGGGAAGCGCUACGGAUGGACGUUGAGUUGGGAGUUAAAUAAGGCUUAAAAUUAUUAAUUUUUUCGUCAAAUAAGCACAGAGUGGCCUCAACUCGAGCUCUCAAAUACAAACGAAUUCCGCUGCACCGCUUGAUAUUCAUUCUCUCUGUCCGCGUGCCCGGCGGGAUGCGGGUGCACGUCCAGGAGCUGUCCGAGCUGUUGUGGUGCUGAUGCGUCUCUGAGCGCACGCGAGCAUGGCUGCCGGGAAGUUGCUGCUCUACGCCGGUCUAUCUCUCUCCCUCUGCGCGCUUGGAAUGCUGGCCGUGGCUAUCUGCUCCGACCACUGGUACGAGACGGACGCGCGGAGGUACCGGGAGCGGUGCCGAAGUUUCUCCAGUCGCCGGAAGGACCCGGGAUUUAUUUACAUCCCCAACAACAGUCUCCCUCUGCGCGCGAGCCGCUCACGCCUAGACCGCUGGGAGGAGAAGCUGCUGCUGGCGCGGAACAGACGGCAGCUGUUCGCCAUGAGCGCCGCCGAUGAGUGCAGCAGGCAGUAUAACUCCACCAACAUGGGGCUGUGGAGAAAAUGCCAUCGCCUGGGAUUUGAUCAAGACAUCGAGGACCUCAUUCGCAAAGGGUCGAUUGAAAGAUGCUCCUAUAUCAAGUACCACUACUCCUCGGCCACAAUACCCAAGAAUCUCUCCUACAACAUCACUAAGACCAUACGUCAGGAUGAGUGGCACUCUUUGCAUCUGCGGAGGAUGACGGCAGGCUUCAUGGGUAUGGCAGUGGCCAUCAUUCUGUUUGGAUGGAUCAUUGGGAUGCUGGGCUGCUGCUGGGAUCGUGGCCUCAUGCAGUAUGUGGCAGGACUGCUCUUCCUCAUGGGCGGCACAUUUUGCAUAAUUUCCUUGUGCACCUGUGUAGCAGGCAUCAACUUCGAGCUGUCCCGUUAUCCACGUUACAUAUACGGUCUCCCAGAUGACAUCAGCCAUGGUUAUGGCUGGUCAAUGUUCUGCGCUUGGGGCGGUUUGGGCCUGUCACUCAUCGCUGGCUUCUUCUGUACACUGGCUCCCUCUGUACAGCCAAUCCCCCGCUCCACGUGCCCCAAGUCCCGUCAAGAAAACGGCACUGUGUGUUAAUCCCCAAACCCUACAUGCAGCUGGACAGUGGGGGAAAUAAACACAUACAAAAAAAUUGCCUAUAAUUGAAGAUUAAAAUCAUGAAUUCAUAUAGAAUCAUUUCUAAUCUCACCAACCAGGCCACAGAUGCCAUUUUAGCCACGUGUGAGUGUCCUGAUCAUUUAAAAGAAAACAAAAAAGACAAAAAUGAAGGAUACAUGGUUCAUUGUAAAGAUUAUGUGGGUGAGCCUUUCUGUUGUUCAGACACUGCACAAGAAAAUUCAAAGUUAAGAUGUUAUGAGCACAAGAACAAGGCAACAUGAAAUGAAGAAACUACUUGCACAUUAUUAAACAACAAAGAGAAAAUAUUGCUCAUUUUGAUGCCAUUAGACACAUGGAUAGAUAUGGACACGUAGACUGAUACCUUGAAAAUGCCAAAUGUCCUCUCUCUGGAGUCAAUGGUAAUUGUGUCUGGAAAGCACUACGUGCAGCUAUAUAACCAGUGUAUGAAGGUCCUGUGCCAAUGUUUUAAGCCCAGGAGCUCUGACAAUUCUGAACCACAAGGACCACAGCAUUCUUUCACGUGAGAGGUCAACAACUUAGAUGUGAUUUGGAUCUGUUGUGUUUGAAUUGUUCAGUUGGGCCCUGAAGACUAUUAAUAUGCCUCUUUGGAUCAGGCUGAAGGAUCUGCUCAAGCGUGAAGGAGCAUCUCUGGAAGAUAUUAGGAAUGGGACAUGCCUGCUCAUGACAUUAUAUUGCUAUUUCUGUACAGCAAAUUGUAAAGAAAAAAAUAAUUCUUAGAAUAUUCCACAAGAGAAAAAAAGGCUAAACCGGGACACAUUUUUGAGCAUUUACUUGUUUUUCCAUUCUUGGUUUUUUAGUCCAAGGUGUCAGAACACGCUUUCCAUUUUAUCAUGUGCAUUUUUGGUUUUCUAGUAAUUACAGUUAUGUGAAUGAGUGAUUAGGGAGCGUGUGUAAAUUCUUUACCCAUUAUUCUCAUUGAUAAACAUGCGUGAGUAUUUUGCAGUCUCCACAGAGAGAUUUUUUAUUUCUUUUUAAACAAGUGUUCUAAUGUAAAAAUAAUGCAAAGAAUAAAAUGAAAACCCUGCCUUGAGGGAAAUCAGGUAGGCUUUUUGUAGAUUCAAGAGGUUCUGGCAAGGAAAUAUGCCAUAUCCUGUUUUAGACAGCUGAACACUUAGUCCCUGUAGACACAACUGACGUAUUAUGCACAGAGACCAAGACAACUCAACAUCGCACUGUUACGGCCUUAAGCUUGUCUGGAAGGAGGCAUUUUUUCCAUUUGAUGGAAACGCAUGCAUACUUUCUUUUGAAAGCAUCGAUGUGCUGACAAAAGAAAUCUUCAUUUGAAUCCAGCUUCCUGCUCUGUUUAACCAGAUGUCUCUUUUGACUCAAAGGGAACUCCCAAAACUGGACGUAGCAUGUAAAUGCCUCUACAUGAGACAGCAGUGAUGCACAAAAAAAGGCACCUCAUUGGUAUCAUGACCUCAGAACGGAGGAUGUGCACUAAUGUUGAGUGAAGCACAAGCUUGAAGAGAUAGCUCAUCCAAAAAUGAAAUUUCUGUCAUCAUUUACUCACCCUCAUUUCGUUCUAAACCUGUAGGACACUCUCUUUAAAGGAACACAAAAGAAGUUUUGAAUAACGUUUACAUUGAUUUUAUCUAUAAAAUGAAAUAAGAUGGGGGUCCAGAGACAAAACUAUAUGCAUAUGCACAUUUAAAAUAUGCACUAUAUUCCAAGUGUUCUGAAGUCACUGGACUGAAAUUUACAUCUUUAUUCACUGCAAAUCAUGCUUGACAGCCGUGGUCACAAUUCGCUUACAUGGAAAAGAGCAGCUUGGGUAUUUUACUUUUGAUUUCCACUAAAGUCAUACAGGUUUCUAAACAUUAGUAAAUGACAGAAUUUUCAUUUUUGGGUCAACUAUUCCUUUAAUACAAUCUCUAAGCCAAUAUGUGACUGAUAACCUCAGAUAAGGGCUCAAGCUUCGAUGCUCACAGUGAUCUGAUAGCAUUAUUUAUCACAUGCUCCCCUGAUCACUAUAGCAUUCAUUUAAUAAAUAAAAGCCUAUUUUAAUAUCCAUUUCACAUGCAAUAAAUAAGUAAACAUCCAGCUAAGCAGCCAUAUUGCAAUGUGAUGCAUGCAUCAAGGGUCACUGGCAAAUCAGUUAUCUCACUCAUUUAACCAUGCCAAUUGUUUUUCAAUAAGGAUAUUAAGAAAUGCCGUAAGACCAGGUUUACAGAUUUCCAGAAGGGGAAAUUUGCCAAAAAGCAUGUACCCGGUCUCUUAUUCCCAACUUUUAAAAAGUUUUCAGACAAACCAUGUCCAAAGACAUGUUGUCAUGUCAUGGAACGUUGUCCUCUGUGAUGUUAAAGAGUACUGUAGGUUGGUAAAUUUCUGGUAUGCAGUUGAUCCAUGUUACAGCCAUGAAUGGACACUUUGAUAUUAAAAAAAAAAACAAAAAAAACAUGAACAUUAAAAUUUGUGGCUUUUAGUCUACAUCUUUGAGGUCAGUUAUAGUGUACUAUUAAAACUGGACAAAAUGAACAGCAGAAAUAUGUAAUUUGAUGGCCUCUCUUCCGGCAAAACUGACCAAACAUUUCAGCACGUGCGUAUACAAUUUGUUGUCAAAUAAAAUGCUUUCAAGAAUGAGAAUGUCCCCUCCUACUGAAUUAUAAAUAUCACCAACCUCCAACUAGCAACGCUAAUGCUUGUUCUUUAUUUCUUUUCACAACAUCAGUUGAUUGUGAAGGAAAUGGCUAGCAUUUAUUCAUUUUGGAAAAUACAUAAUUGCCCUUAUUCAUGGUACAAGUUGUCAGGCACAUUUCAUGGGGUCUUUAAGUGCAAACAUGGCAAUGCAAGCCAGUUGAUGCAACGGUCAAAUUGAACUGGUGACCAAAUGCUAUAAAUUCUCUCCUUCUUACAGUUUUGACUUUGCUUUCAUCAAGUUUGGGUUCUGCAAUCUUUGAGAGAGCACUAAAUGAUUUACUAAUGGUCUUUUGCUAAGGGACAUUGAAGUGAAAGGGAUUUGUUGCAAGGGAUGAUUACUGAUAAUGCAAUUAGCCAUGAAAUACAUGAACUCAUCCAGCCACACUUAUAGAACUCCUGAAGAUUUUUCACAACUCCUAGAAGCAGAAACUGAAGACAAAUCUACCCUGCUGUCACAAAGCAGUCCACAAACUCCACAGUCAAACCCACCCUGAGUAUAGAGUUCUUGAUUACUAUGCGCACACAACAGAAAACACCCCUAUAACAACAAACAAUAACAAUCUGUUUUUUUGCAAUAAGCCAUCUGGCCUUAUAUAAGAUAGUGUUCCUUGACACACUUAGGCAGAAAAUACUAUUACUUCAGUGCACUGAUUAUGCAUCUAGGCGUAGACGUAAAUGGGGUCAGUCGCUGGUGGUGCACAACGUUCACCAUUUCUCACAAAUAAAAAACAAACAAACAAAUCACCAUCCUUCCAUGGUCCUCCUUGAGAUGUAAACUUUAAUCAUUUUUAAACACUUUUAUCUUCAAGUCAUUCCUUACUUCAAAGACUAUAUUUCCACAAGGCAAAGAGCAUUGUUCCAUUACAGAGUAUAAAGAUAUCAAAGAGUGAAUGGCAGAUGCUCGCAUCAGAUGCCAAUAAUAAACAAUUACAGCUUCAUUGACAUCCUUCUCAAACAAAGUGAGGUUUGACAGAAAGCAGGUUGUAAACUGUAAUUCAUAAGCUUUGUAUGGAUCAUUGUAAUGCUAAUGCAAAUAAUUUCAGCCAAAACUUCUUGUAAUGACCGAAAACUAACAAAACAAUUCACCAUCACAUAAUAGCCAUUUUAAUAACUUCUCAAAGUUUGGUAUGUAUGAAUGGGCUCAGGAUUAACAUUUCCUUCAUUGAGACUGGCAAGAAAUUAUAAACACACUCCAUAUGUUCAAUUCAUACAAAUGUGUUUACAUUUCAGCUAACAGUUGUUAGCCUUUGUUGUUGUUGUUUUUUUUAGGGGUGGGUUGGAUUGAAAGUGAAUGGGAAUAUAUUUUCCUCUCUUCAAAUGUAAAAAUAUAAAUGAAAAAAGGUAGCAGAAUCAGUAAAACUGCAACUUUCAUUUGUAUGGGACACUGAAGCCUAAAAGGUUUAUUGAAUCUUUUUAAUCAGUAAUGUGUCUGUUGAGUACCUGAAAAAAAAAAAAAAAAAAAAAAAACCUGUAAAAAUAUUUAAAUAUACAAAAAAAUAAAAUCCUGGAAAAUGUAAAAAAUUGGAAAAUUGGAAUGUAAUAUCAUUACAAAAUAAAAAUCUCAUUGUUGUGUUUACUUGUAUUGCACACUUACCUUUGUGUUGUACUUAACUUUAAUUAGUACAACCACUUAACAUUUAACAUUUUGAUGACACUUUAUUUUAGGGAUCACAAAUUUAAUUGCACUUGUGACUAGUCACAGUGUGUAAUAUUCACACACGUAUUUUAUUAUUAUUAUUUUUUAAAGAUUUAUGCAUUUCAAUUUUAUAACAAAAUUCCAUCAAA